AUGGUUUCCUCUCACUGUCCUGUCUCUGACAAAAACAAGAAACAGCUAUAUUUAUCAAUCAGCCCUUCAAAUUCUGUCAUGAAAGAUAGCGUUGAACUUGACUUCUCUGAUGUGUUUGGUCCACUUCCUGAAGAAGCCAGUGAUGUUGUUUUCGACGAGCCUGCUGUUGUCUACAGUCGAUCACACUCGUUGGUUGGCCCGUCUUUGCUCAGUAGUCAUUCUUUCAAGCUGAACAAGCUCACGUUAAGGGAGACAGAGGACUCGGUUGACUUGGUGGAAUGUCUUGAAGGCGAAUCAUCUGGUAAUGAGGACACUGACAGUGAGAAAGCUGCAGAGGGAGAUCUGGUGAAGGUCUCAGGUGUUGUAGGCAUUGAGGAUUUUGAGGUUAUGAAAGUUGUGGGGAAAGGUGCAUUUGGAAAAGUGUACCAGGUGAGGAAGAAAGAGACGUCUGAGAUAUACGCGAUGAAGGUCAUGAGAAAAGAUCAUAUUAUGGAGAAGAACCACGCCGAAUACAUGAAAGCUGAGCGCGAUAUUCUUACCAAAAUUGAUCAUCCAUUCAUCGUUCAACUAAAAUACUCUUUUCAGACUAAGUACAGGCUGUAUCUUGUGCUCGAUUUUAUCAACGGAGGGCAUCUUUUCUUCCAGCUCUAUCACCAAGGACUUUUCAGAGAGGACUUGGCUCGUGUGUACACCGCGGAGAUUGUCUCUGCAGUUUCCCACCUUCAUGAGAAAGGCAUAAUGCACAGAGAUCUUAAACCCGAAAACAUACUCAUGGACGCAGAUGGCCACGUGAUGUUAACUGAUUUUGGUUUAGCAAAGGAAUUUGAAGAAAACACAAGAUCAAACUCCAUGUGUGGGACUACAGAGUAUAUGGCACCUGAAAUCGUUCGUGGAAAAGGACAUGAUAAGGCUGCUGACUGGUGGAGCGUAGGGAUUCUUCUGUAUGAGAUGCUCACUGGAAAGCCGCCGUUUCUAGGGGGCAAAGGAAAAAUACAGCAGAAGAUAGUGAAGGACAAGAUCAAACUUCCGCAGUUUCUGUCUAAUGAAGCUCAUGCGUUGCUAAAAGGGCUGCUGCAAAAAGAGCCAGAGAGGAGACUUGGAAGUGGACCGAGCGGAGCAGAGGAGAUAAAAGAGCACAAAUGGUUCAAAGGAAUAAACUGGAAGAAGCUUGAAGCAAGAGAAGUGAAGCCAAGUUUCAGGCCGGAGGUAUCAGGAAGACAAUGCAUAGCUAAUUUUGACAAGUGUUGGACUGAUAUGUCUGUGUUGGAUUCACCAGCAAGCAGUCCUAACUCGGAUCCUAAGGCCAAUCCUUUUAGCAACUUCACAUACGUCAGGCCUCCUCCUUCGUUCCUUAACCAAACUACAUCGAAUUUGUAG